AUGACAGAGCAAGAUGAGGUUUCUGAAAUUUCCGAGGCGAGUUCUGCCCCGGACACAUACCGAAUAUCCCAUGGCAGCUCUGAAGCAUUGCCGCAAGAUGAUCGGGCUGUAUUCGAGCACAUGCGCCCCGAGGACCGCGAUCAAUUGAGCCGAAUAGCCUCCAAUUUCCCUCGCCAUCAAGCGGGUGAUUCAGAACUCAGUGGAAUGACCACCGUCGAGCGCAAAGACACGCUAGAAGAUGUCGCACUAGGAGACCCCGUCCUUGACCCUGCGAGCGAGCAGUUCGACCACUACAAAUGGGCUCGGAUGAUGCUGAAGCUUAUGGACCGAGAAGGCGUUCCUCUGCGCAAAUCCACUGGUGUGGUAUUUGAGAAUCUCAAUAUUUCUGGCUCCGGAUCUGCACUACAGUACCAGAACAACGUGGGAUCGGUUCCGCUAGCUCCAUUUCGCCCUCAAGAGUAUUUCUCGUUCGGAAAGCGCGUGCCACAGAAACAAAUAUUGAGGAACUUUGAUGGUGUCCUUAAAAUGGGGGAACUACUUAUUGUUCUCGGUCGACCUGGUAGUGGCUGUUCUACUCUUCUCAAGUCUCUUACUGGGGAAUUACACGGACUGAAGGUAGGGAAGGAGUCUAAUAUCCAGUUCAAUGGAAUUCCCAUGGAGAGAAUGUACAAGGAGUUCAAAGGGGAGGUCUUGUAUAACCAGGAAGUUGACAAGCAUUUCCCCCAUCUUACUGUUGGCCAGACGCUUGAGUUUGCUGCUGCUGCUAGGAGUCCGGCGAAUCGGCUCCAUGGGCAUUCGCGAACGCAAUAUGCUCAAAAUAUCACGCAGGUUGCUAUGGCCGUUCUUGGUUUGAGUCAUACAUACAAUACUAAAGUCGGCGAUGAUUACAUCCGAGGCGUCUCUGGUGGUGAGCGAAAGCGUGUUAGCAUUGCUGAGAUGGCUCUUUCCGGUGCCCCAGUUGGUGCAUGGGACAACAGUACUCGAGGACUAGAUUCCGCGAGCGCUCUGGAAUUCGUCAAAUCUCUACGGGUAUCCGCAAAUCUUACCGGCAGUUGUCAUGCUGUGGCCAUCUACCAAGCAUCCCAGGCAAUCUAUGAUGUUUUCAACAAGGUCAUUGUGCUUUAUGAGGGUCGUCAGAUUUUCUUCGGGAGAUGCAGCGAAGCCCGCGAUUACUUCAUCGAGAUGGGCUGGGACUGUCCACCUCGACAGACAACAGGGGACUUUCUGACAUCAGUGACAAAUCCCUCCGAAAGAAAAGCUCGAGAUGGGAUGGAUGAUAAGAUUCCUAGAACUCCCGAUGACUUCGAGAAGUAUUGGAAGAAGAGCCAUCACUAUGCGACUCUGCAAAACGAAAUCUCACAGUACCACGAAAACUUCCCGCACGGCGGAGCUGCUGAGAAGGAUCUUUAUGACACAAAAAGACAGCGACAGGCAAAACAUGCUCGCCCAAAAAGCCCUUAUGUUAUUACCAUUCCUAUGCAGGUUCGCCUGUGUGUAAAAAGAGCAUAUCAACGUAUUUGGAAUGACAAACCGGCUACCUUGACAACUGUCAUCGGUCGGAUCGUCAUGUCUCUAAUCAUCGGGUCGAUCUAUUUCGGGACUCCAAACGCCUCUGCUGGCUUUCAAAGUAAAGGAGCUGCAUUGUUCUUCGCUGUUUUGAUGAACGCACUCAUCAGUAUCACCGAGAUCAAUUCGCUUUACGAUCAGCGGCCUAUCAUCGAGAAGCAGGCAUCAUACGCCUUUGUACACCCCUUCACAGAAGCUCUGGGGGGUAUCGUUGCCGAUAUCCCAGUAAAAUUCGUGUCGGCAGUGGUCUUCAACAUCAUCUUCUACUUUUUAGCUGGACUGCGCUACGAGCCUUCUCAAUUCUUUAUAUUCUUUCUCUUUACUUUUCUCAGUACUCUUGCCAUGUCGGGAAUCUUUAGAACUCUUGCUGCCUCUACAAAGACGCUUGCGCAGGCCAUGUCCAUGGCCGGAGUCAUUGUGUUAGGAAUCGUCAUCUACACAGGAUUCGUGAUUACAGCACCCGAAAUGGCCAAGAUUCCUUGGUUUAGUUGGAUUCGCUGGAUUAAUCCAGUCUUUUACACCUUCGAAGCAUUGAUUUCCAACGAAUUCCACGGCCGCCGAUUUGAGUGUUCUUCGUUUGUUCCAGCUUAUCCCAAUCUUUCUGGUGACUCGUUUAUCUGUUCAGUUCGAGGUGCAGUCGCAGGAGAACGAACAGUGUCUGGUGAUGCCUACAUUGAAACCCAAUACUCUUACUCAUAUGGGCACGAAUGGAGAAACCUCGGCAUACUAAUCGGCUUUUGGCUGUUCUUCACGGCUCUUUAUCUACUUGCAUCAGAGUUGAAUUCUUCUACCUCGUCAACAGCCGAAUACCUCGUGUUUCGAAGAGGCCAUGUACCUGCCCAACUACGUCACCUAGAGAAGGGCGGUGAUAGCUCAGCACAGGUGGCACCAGUCGUCGAAGAUUCCGGAAAUAAGAAAGAUGACACAUCUGCCAUACCAUCACAACACGAUGUUUUCACAUGGCGCAAUGUUUGCUACGAUAUUCCGGUGAAGGGUGGUGAACGACGUCUACUGGACAACGUUUCUGGAUGGGUAAAACCAGGCACUCUCACUGCCCUUAUGGGUGUCUCGGGGGCUGGAAAGACUACAUUGCUGGAUGUUCUAGCUAAACGUGUCUCAAUUGGUGUCGUGACAGGUGAUAUGCUGGUGAAUGGCAAACCUCUUGAUACAAGUUUUCAAAGGAAAACAGGUUACGUCCAGCAGCAGGAUCUUCAUCUUCCUACAACUACUGUUAGGGAAGCCCUUCGCUUCAGCGCAAUGCUACGCCAGCCGAAGACAGUCUCCAAGAGCGAAAAGUAUGAAUACGUGGAAGACGUAAUUGAUAUGCUUGGUAUGCAAGAGUUCGCAGAUGCUGUUGUCGGCGCUCCUGGCGAAGGCCUGAAUGUUGAGCAGAGAAAGCUCUUAACUAUUGGGGUUGAGCUAGCUGCUAAGCCAGCACUUCUAAUCUUCUUAGAUGAACCUACAAGUGGGUUAGACUCGCAAAGUUCUUGGGCUAUCUGCUCUUUUCUAAGAAAGUUAGCCAAGCAUGGGCAAGCCGUUCUCAGCACUAUUCAUCAGCCGAGUGCACUGCUGUUUCAAGAAUUCGACCGCUUGUUAUUUCUUGCAAAAGGAGGUAAAACAGUUUACUUUGAUGAGAUUGGAGAGCAAUCGCGGACUUUACUAGACUAUUUUGAGGGAAAUGGGGCUCGAAUUUGUGGCUCGUCGGAAAAUCCUGCGGAGUACAUGCUGGAAAUUAUUGGUGCUGGAGCAUCUGGAAAAGCCACGAAAGACUGGUCUGUUGUAUGGAACGAAAGCAAACAGGCAAAAGACGUACAGUCUGAACUUAACCGAAUCCACGAAGAGCGAGUUUCUGCUACAGGCAAUGAGAAGUCCACUGAGCAGAGUGAAUACGCUAUGCCAUUUGCGUCUCAGCUGCUUUAUGUCACACAUCGCUCUUUCCAGGCUUUCUGGCGCGAGCCUUCUUACGUCUGGGCAAAGAUCUUGUUAGCCACUCUAUCUUCACUGUUCAUCGGCUUCACCUUCUUCAAGCCAGACAGCUCAUUGCAGGGCUUCCAAGAUGUCAUUUUCUCGGCUUUCAUGCUGUGCUCGAUUUUUUCCACCAUGGUUCAGUCCAUCAUGCCAAAAUUCGUGGUCCAGCGAUCUCUCUAUGAAGUGCGCGAGAGGCCCUCAAAGGCCUAUUCAUGGGCUGCAUUCCUUAUCGCAAAUGUCAUAGUUGAAAUACCCUAUCAAGUAUUUGCAGCAAUCAUCGCAUGGGCCUGCUACUACUAUCCAAUCUACGGAGCAGAACAAGAAUCUCAUCGUCAAGGCUUGAUGCUUCUCUUCGUCAUGCAGUUUUACAUUUUUACAUCCACCUUCGCGGCAUUGGUUAUUUCUGCUCUUCCAGAUGCCGAGACCGGUGGUACUAUCGCAACUCUCAUGUUUAUCAUGACUCUCACGUUCAACGGUGUUAUGCAACCACCGAGCGCUCUGCCUGGCUUCUGGAUAUUCAUGUAUCGCGCCUCGCCACUCACGUAUCUGAUUGCCGGUGUGACAGGCACGGGCCUACAUGGUCGAUUAAUUCACUGUGCAACUGCUGAGCUCAGUGUUUUCAACCCCCCAAGUGGAUUGACUUGUGGUGAUUACUUGCAACCAUAUGUCAGCGCUGCUGGGGGUCAGCUUUACAACCCUGCUGCCACAAGCAAUUGCCAGUACUGUCAAUUGUCCAAUGCGGAUCAAUAUCUGGCUGCGAGCAAUAUCUACUACAGUGAACGCUGGCGUAACUACGGGCUUGGAUGGGUUUACAUAGGUUUCAACAUCUGCGGUACAGUGCUGAUGUACUACAUGUUCCGGGUCAAGCAUUACAACCCUACUUCCUUGGUUCGUGGUAUCGGCCGGGGCGCCUCAUUUCUUUGUCGUGUGUUCAAGCGUCGAUCAGGAGAGACACCAAAAGGAAAAGAAGCAAGCAACGGUCGCCUUGUUUGA